AGUCUAUCGCUCGACUUCGACGCGACAUAAUCAUUUCUUCGUCUGUGCUCAUUCACCGCAUUGUGCCAUAUUACACCACAGAGCUAAUGCUCUAAUAGACAUUUUUGACAGUUAGUUUACUUUCAAUACGAUCGCUAUGUCGACCUUAAGUCAUCACCCGUACGCGUUUUCGAUGCAUCCGGGGAUGCUCCCGGAGUAUCCGAGCGCGCCGCAGCCGCUGCCGGCGUCUUCACCCCAGUCCGAAGGUCACAUCAAGAGGCCGAUGAACGCUUUCAUGGUGUGGUCGAGACUGCAGAGGCGCCAGAUCGCAAAGGACAACCCGAAGAUGCACAAUUCCGAAAUUUCUAAAAGACUCGGAGCCGAAUGGAAGUUGUUGUCGGAGAUGCAGAAACGUCCAUUUAUCGACGAAGCAAAGCGUUUGAGAGCUUUACAUAUGAAAGAGCACCCUGAUUAUAAGUACAGACCGCGUAGGAAGCCGAAACCGCCUACGCCAGGUGGCGCUCCCGGCGCAGGAGCCUUUCCUAGCUUCCCGCUACCUUACUUCGCAGGACCGGCUCCCGCUUGCAGCCCCCUAGAUGGAUUACCAUACCCUGCUGUACCGCCGUACUUCCCGCAUCAGUUGGACCACCUGCAGUUUUCAAAGUUAAUGGCGCCGACGGCUGAGAAGUUGCCGACGGUGUCGUCAUCCGCUGCCGCUGUAGUGUCCUCAUUCUACUCAUCCCUGUAUACGUCACCGGCGGCACCUCCGAAGCCGUUUUCAUCGCCGCUGUUCCACCAGUACGGCGCGGCUCCCUCAUCACCACUGUCGCCGGCGACACCCACGCAGCAUAGCCCACACGACGAUCAGUUGCGGCGGCCGGUAUCCGUUAUAUAUUGAAGACCAACUUGCCUUCCUUGAAGGACACCAAUCUUUUGAGGUUCGGCAUUUUGGAAGUUGAAAGUGUUACAGACUGUGAAUUAUACGAACUUUAUUUAUUGAUUAUUAGAGAUAUAGUUGGAUAUUGUAAAACGGAGUGCGUCUCAUAUCAAGUGGCCUGUACAUAGUUUCGAGAAUAGGCCUUAGGGCGGCGUAUCAUUGAGUUUAAACUGUGAUUAUUGUUUUCGAUGCAUCAUUAACAUAUUUAAGGUAAUGUAGCGCCGGUUCGUUAGUUAUAUAAAGUGAGAUUGGUACCAAAAAGAGAUUAUUUUCUAUAUGUGUCAAAACAUUUAGAUGGGUAGUUAUGAGAUGACUUAUGAUGUGACUAUGGUUUUUGUUACUCUUGUCACUGGAUUCAGUUUGUUGAGUUUUAUCGUUUCUUUGUCUCGGCUCUGUCGAGGUCUCGCUUGGUAUAAUUAUAGCGGUAUAAUUUAUUUAUUGACUCCUGUGUAGAUGUACCUUACUAUUUGUAAAUUAGUUAUUUAAAUUGUAAGUUUAUUAGUGUAUUCAAAUGUAUAUAUUAGUAUUUAAUUCAGAAUCGAUGUGAGUACCAACGAUGUAUUAUAAUAGUAUUUGAAAUGAACCUUUGUUAAUGCCAUAAAAAUAAACACAAAAUUGUUUUUAUU